UUUAAAUACACUGUGCAUAAUAGAUUUUGCAAACUUUCUGGUUGGGUCGGCGGGUAGCACGGGUGAUUUCUCGACGCACGGAGUUUGUGCUCGCAGUGUCCCGUGUACCGAGCCACCCCAGUUGUAACGUCGUUGCAUCUGCUGAAGCUGCUCUGUCGAUUCAGCCGCGGAGCUGGGACCAGCUGGGAGGUGCUUCCCUCGGGUUAGACACGGGCAGGCGGGGAGUUUGGUUCGGCACGAGUGCUGGUUGGUUGCGGAUAGCCCCCCCAAUGCGCCAGUACUGCGGGAACCUUCCCUGGAGUUAGCAGGGGGACCCUAGCAGCAUCUUGCCAGUCUGUCUGUACAACCUGGUAGCUCUCAGCAGCAUGGAGCCCGUCACCCGCAGCGGCUAUCCCUGACUUUGUCGUUUAGAAGUGUUUGUUUAACGUAAUUGUCCGACCGAGCCAAGUCACAGCAACCAUGGGCCGGACGAUGCUAUCGUUGACCAUCACUUGGUCAGCCUGUCUCUGCAUGUCCUUGUGCGGGGUUGGCCGCGGAGAUGAUGAGGAGCUGGGCUCCGGGGCGUCCUACACGGAUGAAGUAGACCUAGUGGAUAGGCUUGUUUCCUCGUCUUCUGAUCUCACCAACGUGUCGAUAUCCACUGAUGAAGAGAACUGUACAGUCUAUGAAAUUGGGCAAUAUUCCACGCUCAGCGCACCCACCAGAAAAGUGUUUGGGAGCAGUUUUGCAGACGAGUUCAGCCUACUGAUCAAACUCCGCUACAGCAUGAGGGAGGACACCACCCUGUUCACAAUCCUGGGCUCGCAGAGCCACAUCUUGCUGCAAGUCCGGCUCAGUCCCUACGCCUUUAGCUUUGUGACCACCAGGCGGCGCCACUAUGAGUUUCCCAUUCCCUUCCUCUCGGAUGGCAGGUGGCAUAAAGUUGCAGUCAGUGUUUCGUGGGAUAAAAUUGAACUGUACGCUGACUGCGGGUUUGUCGAAAGUGUCGCGUGGAGGAACUACUUUGGAAUGCAAGUGACUACGGAAGGCCUGAUCAUGAUAGGAGGGCUAAUCGAGGCCUUUGAGACACCUUUUGAGGGACAAAUUGAACAACUGCUGUUUGUGAUGGGCAAGCCAACUGUAGCCAAGGAGCAUUGCACAAGGUACAAUCAAACUUGCAAGGUGACUUCUGAAGAUGAGCCUGCCUUCCCUGGCCCUGACUUCCGUGAAGCCAACAAUUUUAUCUCGGCACAAUCAGAGGGGUCUGCGGACAUAACCAGUGGAAUGGAUACAAGACCAACCUUGACUGAGAUCAAAGGAGCGGCAGGUCAACCUCGAACGAACACAGUGCAUGGAGACUCUUGGUCAAGGCGCCCCCUUGAAUCCGAUCAUUUUGGGAGCAAUGAACUGCUGAAUCUCUCCUACAAUGAACUCACAGAUACAGGAGCAGCCAGGCCUGGCACAAUCCUCAGCGACACCUCCCCCCCACACAGUUCUACGGGGGUUUCAAAUGCCUUUGCCCAGACUCCUGAUGUUAAACGCAAUGAAAUUAAUGAAGAGAAUGACGCUAGGUCUGAUAUAAGGACUUCCAGUGCACUUAAUGAAUUAAUUGAUGAGGAGUUCUACUUCGCAGUUGAAGAUCGAAGAGAUUUUACACUCCACCAGCCAAAACUGGACAGUAGGUUAGUUGCUUCCGAUAAUCCCACAGUGAUGUCACCCACUCCAAUAAUUGACCUAGACUUUCCACCUAACCCAUCCCAUGUUCACACGCCGGGAGGCAACCUGUUGGUGCAGAAGGGCACUGACCCACAGCAGGGUAACGACAUAUUGCCAAUCGAUCUUGUCAGUGGAAGUGCUGCAGAUUCCAAGGGACUGAAUGAAGUGGUUAUUGAUCUAAACAGCGAUCAAUAUCCGGCUGAGAAGGCCAAAGGAGAAAUUACUUCCGUCAAAGAGAUCUACGAGAUGGAGACCGCAGACGAGACUGCACAGUGGGAAAGUGACAAACUUCAGGGAACCUCACGGAGCAGUUCGGCCCAAGCAGGGAUCCGUCAACGUCACAAAGAGCAAGUACGUGACAGGGUGGGAGCGCCUGGGCCAACCGGAUCACCAGGGCCACUUGGCCUAAGGGGUGACCCUGGCCAACCAGGACCUAAAGGAGAUAAAGGUGAUCCGGGGGUCAGGGGUCGUGAGGGGCAGACGGGUGCCCCUGGACUUCCUGGUCCUGCUGGUCUGCCGACCAUUUACCUGUGGAGAAAUACAAAUGAAGACUGGCCGGCCUUCUCCCAAACACGAACCCAUCAAAUGUUGUUGGCAGGCUGGCCGUUGAGGCCAUUUGACAUCACGCAUCAUCCCAUGGCUGUUAGGGAGGGCAGCUUAACCUGCUCCCUGCCCCAAACUUGGUGA